CGUGACGCGAAAGCACGUGGUACUUUGGCCGCUUCUGUGCUAGUUCCAGGCUCACGUUCAUCAUUUCUCGAGUUUGGCGGGACAAAGACGCUCCACACUCAAAAUGCUCCAACCCCGGAUAGCGACGCCAUUGCGGCGCACGCUCCUUAAUGCCUCGUCGAUAUGUCUACGGUACCAGAGCCGACUCGCAAUCCCCUCAAUUGCAAGGCAAUCGCUCGUUCGACCUUUUACCUCCGCGCACGCCUUGCGCCAGCAAGCACCGGAACCCAAGCCCACCCAGACCUCGCCCACACCCGAUCCUAAAGAUGAAGAUAUAUUCAUUCCGAAGCCACUUGGCCGUCCGAUCGGUUUCAGUCGCGCUCCACAACCAGGCGAGAAUGCCAGCAUCCCCAAAACAAAGAAAGACUACUCUGGCAUGACCAUGUCGCAACGGAACCUCGAGAAGCGCAAGGAUCUGGUCGAAAAAUGGGGCACAAACUACUUCCGCGAUUUCAAGAAUAUCCGCAAGUACAGGUCUGGCAAGACGUUCAUGGCGAAUCAGAGGAUCUUCAAGAAGGACGCGGCAUUAUACUUUCCCAACUUCCACGGAGAUACGCUGGAGGGCAAGGACAAGGACACUACGAAUGUGCUCGACGGAAAGAUCAGCGUUGUGAAUGUAUUUAGUUCGAUGUGGGGGUUGACCCAGGUCGAGACUUUCACAGGGAAGAAAACAAACGCUGCGCUGCACGAGAUUCUGGCGCAAAACCCAGGGGUUGCGCAGAUGGUUGACGUCAACAUCGAAGAGAACACCAUGAAGGCUUGGAUCGUAUCGCUAUUCCAGUGGCGGCUGAAGGCCUCCAAACCAAAAGAGGAUUGGGGCAGGUACUUCGUGGUCAGAAAAGGUGUUAGUGAGAAGAUAAGGGAGACAAUCGGGCUUUUGAACGGCAGAGUCGGUUAUGUCUACCUGGUAGACCAAGACUGCAAGAUCCGAUGGGCAGGUAGCGGAGACGCAGAAGGCACAGAAAUGGAGGAUAUGAACAGGGGCUUUACGAAGCUGGUCAAUGAGGCCCGACAGUCUCUCCCACAAGCUACGGCCGGAGAGGUUUGAUGACGAACAUGUAACGAUAUCUUGUACAGCAUACGGAAGACUCUCAAUUCCCACGAUACCCCAACCCUUUGUAAACAUAAUCGUAGCCGUACAGGCCCAAGACGCCUUGCGCAUAGCAUGCUAAUGAAAGUCAUGAGGAUAUCCAGCCCGCUUGAACGCCCGAAAUGAACACGUGCAACCCAAUCUACCUGAACCAUAGCAGCAUCAAGAAGCAGAAUGCGAUGAAGCUGCCCAGUAUGAUGCCGU